GCUGGGAUCCCGGAGAAUAAGGGUGCCGCUGAGCAUGUGCGCCGUCUCCCAAGAGGACAUGAGGCUACGGCUUCCUUCUUGACCGGCUUUCCCCCACGAGGCAGGAUCUCUGCUGUGAAGACAUUACCCAAGUGCCAGCAGAUCUGACCCACAUAGCCUGGAAAGAGAACACCAUCAGGUUGUGGGUGGUCUUGUCCAGCUCAGUCUCCCCUCGGCUCCUGGGAUCUGAGGCAGACCUGGGGUGAACUGCCCCCUCCUGCAGACCCAUGGCACGCCGGCUGCAGUUACGACUGCUGACGUGGGACGUGAAGGACACACUGCUUCGGCCCCGCCAACCCAUGGGGGAGGAGUAUGCCACCAAGGCCCGGGCCCACGGGCUGGAGGUAGAGGCCGCAGCCCUGGAACAAGCCUUUUGGCAGGUGUACAGGGCUCAGAGCCUCAGUUUCCCCAACUAUGGCCUGAGCCAUGGCCUCACCUCCCGCCAGUGGUGGCUGGAUGUGGUCUUGCAGACCUUCCACCGCGCCGGUGUUCAGGAUGCCCGGGCUGUGGCCCCCAUCGCUGACCAGCUGUACAAAGACUUCAGCAACCCCUGCACCUGGCAGGUGUUGCAGGGGGCUGAGGCCACCUUGAGGGAGUGCCAAAAACGGGGUCUGAGGCUGGCAGUGGUCUCCAACUUUGACCGACGGCUGGAGGGCAUCCUAGUGGGUCUUGGCCUGCGGGAACACUUUGAAUUUGUGCUGACCUCUGAGGCUGCUGGCUGGCCCAAGCCAGACCCCCGCAUUUUCCGUGAGGCCUUGCGCCUUGCUCAGGUGGAACCGGCGGCAGCAGCCCAUGUUGGAGAUAGUUACCCACUUGAUUACAAGGGAGCACGUGCUAUAGGCAUGCACAGCUUCCUGGUGGCUGGCCCGGAGCCUUUGGACCCUGAGGUCAAGGAUUCUAUACCCCAAGAACACAUUCUUCCCUCACUACCCCAUCUCCUGCCUGCCCUUGACCACCUAGAGAGCUCACCCCCACAGCUUUGAGUCUGGUAGGGGAAGUGACUGGUCCCAACAAUCAUUGGAAGCAGGGAGCCCCUUCCUUCUCAAGAUCUGGCCUUUGCCCCUCUCCCUGAAGCCUCCAUAUCGCAUUCUGACUAUAAAGCAGUGAAUGCGGGGCUUUCAGUCCCGCCCCACUAACCAGCUCCUGGUCUCUGAGAUGUUUCAUUCAUCACACCUGUGUCCCUUUUCCAUCAUGAGUCCUCCUCACCUCCCCCAAGAUUCAUGAGAGCCCAACUGGCUUCAAAACUAGCAGUUUUCAAACUUUGUUUUAAUAGCAGGGUCUUUUGUCCUAGGAGAGCUUAUGUGGAACCCCAACAUGCAAAACCAGCAAAAUGAGAAACAGCUAGGGUUGAAGCAGAGGUCCUGGGGCCCCUCAUUCAGGCCCCAAAGCCUUUGCAACUCUCCCCCUGGGAAGCCUGAGGUCAGAGGAGCUUAAUUUGAACACCCAGAGCUAAACUGAACUGUGGGGACACUGUCCUCUAGGACACGUAGUCUGAAGGGAAAUAUUUAGACAAAGAACACCCUAAUUAUAGUCAUGAGAAGAAACUUGAUGUAUGCCUGCCGUGUGGCAGGUACUCUGCUAAGGCCUCCUUUAUAUGCAUAUAUAACCUUCAGAGCUACCAAGUGGGCCCAAGUCGUGUGACUUCCACCUUACAAGCAAGGAAACGGAUUCAUGGGUUAAGUAGCCCGCCUGAGGUCACUGCAAGUACCUGCUGGAGCUGGGGUUCCCGUGUAGGCAUGUCUCUGACUCCAAAGCCCAUCAGCUUGACUGCUAGGUUGCAAGUAGAAAGGGAUCUGUGCCACGUGAGACAAUGCAGUGGAGAUUCAGGGAGAACAGGGAAGGUGUCCUAGGGGGCAGCCUGAAGGGCACCCUACUCGUAGGGAUAUAGCAUGGAGGUGGGGAAGCACAGGGAGGGCUCUGGAGGGACCCUGAACUGGGGGUGGAAUGUAAGUGGGCAAAGGGGUAAGAGGGGCAUUCUGGGCAGUGGGCCCGUGAACUGUGGACUGAAGCUCUUUUCAGACUUGGCCAUACCUCUUGCAGGUCUGUCUUCCUUGGGCUUGGUGCCAAGGCCAGGUGAUUCAGAAUUAAUUCCCAAGUGUCAGGCAGUGAGGACAUGGAUCAUGAGCUGUGGUCUCAAGAGCUGCAAGGGCCUCAGAAGUCAUGUCUACCAAACAAGUUGAUUUGAUCCACCCACUGUUUCAAGUAAAUUAUUGAGCAAACUUAAGGGUGGGGAGGGCUCUGGCCCCCAUCUCUGAGCCUAGGAGCCCUGUAGGUAAGAUUGCCUAUGAACUGUGUUCCCAGAUGAAACAAAAAUAGGAGGACCCCUGUUUUAACGUGGCCUCCUCAGAGAACAGUAAGGAACUUGCCCUUGGACCCAGCUACGCAGGGCACCGAACCCUGUCUCAGGCUCUUUCAGCUAUGUAUGCUGAGCUGCCUCCUGCUUAUAUCUGGGAAUAUGGAUGAGGACGAAGAAGGCAUCAAUUUCCCAGCAAAUGCACCGCUAAGCUCUGAGCUGGCACGUGGGGGCUUUUUCCAAUUACCAACAAAGAACAUGAAAGAAAUCUUUCAAUCUUUUAAAAACUUUAAUAAAGUACAUGUUCCCUAA